AUGCAUUUCCCGAUCAUUGCAGCCCUGGGGCUUUUCUCGCUCGCGUCGGCCAACGACAAGCCCAAAUAUGAGCUACACAUCAACACACCCGCUCUGUUUGGAAGCCAUACAGCAGGGUAUAUCGUUGAAGCCGGAAAUGACUAUUACCGAUGUUCUUUUUACGGUACGGGCGAUUGCAGUAAAGCUGAGAAGAGUUAUAUACUCAACGCCCCGGGGUCAGGAACACCAAAGAAACUAGUGCAUGAAAAGAAGGGAGGUUCCAAAGGCAAAAGUUUUCGAUGUGUGGCCCUUGGUGAGGAUGAUGAGGAUGAUGAAUGA